GUGGGGUAGGCUGCGCCCGAGGCCCAGAAGGGGUAGCAGGCCAUGGCGGCGGCGGCUGCGGCUGUGGCGGGUUGGUUGGGCUGGGUGCUUACCGUGCUCUGUCUGGGCAGCGCCGCAGGGGAGGCGGCGCCGAGCGCGGGACUGCUGAGCUUCUGCACGGAGGAGGACGGCGCGCCGGGCGUGGGCUCCCUGCGCGGAAGGGCAGCGCCGGAGGCCACUUUGUGCUUGCGACUCUUCUGCUCGGGCUUGGCCAACAGCUCCUGGACCUGGGUAGCCCCCGAGGGCGCCGGCUGCCCCGAGGGCGGGCGGGCCACGGAGCCCGGGGAGGCGGCCUCCCCCACGGGCGAGUGGCGCGCGCUGCUGCGCCUGCGCGCCGAGGCCGGCCACCCGCGCUCCGCGCUGCUGGCUGUGCGCGUGGAGCCGGGCGGCGGGGCAGCGGAGGAGGCGGCGCCGCCCUGGGCUCUGGGGCUGGGGGCGGCCGGGCUGCUGGCCCUGGCGGCCGUGGCGCGCGGCCUGCAACUGAGCGCGCUGGCGCUGGCGCCGGCCGAGGUGCAGGUGCUGCGCGAGAGCGGCUCGGAGGCGGAGCGCGCGGCGGCGCGGCGUCUGGAACCCGCUCGGCGCUGGGCCGGCUGCGCCCUGGGCGCGCUGCUGCUGCUGGCCAGCCUGGCGCAGGCGGCACUGGCGGUGCUGCUGUACGGGGCGGCGGGCCAGCGGGCCGUGCCCGCCGUGCUGGGCUGCGCGGGGCUGGUGUUCCUGGUGGGUGAGGUGCUGCCGGCCGCCGUGAGCGGGCGCUGGGCGCUGGCGCUGGCGCCGCGCGCGCUGGGCCUCAGCCGCCUGGCGGUGCUGCUCACCUUGCCCGUGGCGCUGCCCAUCGGGCAGCUGCUGGAGCUGGCAGCGCGGCCCGGGCGUCUGCGGGAGCGCGUGCUGGAGCUGGCGCGCGGCGGCGGCGACCCCUACAGCGACCUCAGCAAGGGAGUGCUGCGCUACCGCACCGUGGAGGACGUGCUCACGCCGCUCGAAGACUGCUUUAUGCUGGACUCCGACACUGUCCUGGACUUCAGCGUCCUCGCCAGCAUCAUGCAGAGCGGCCACACGCGCAUCCCAGUGUACGAGGAGGAGCGCUCCAACAUCGUGGACAUGCUCUACCUCAAAGACUUGGCCUUCGUGGACCCCGAGGACUGUACGCCGCUCAGCACCAUCACCCGCUUCUACAACCAUCCACUCCACUUCGUCUUCAACGACACCAAACUGGACGCUGUCUUGGAGGAGUUCAAGCGAGGCAAGUCCCACCUGGCCAUCGUGCAGAAGGUGAACAACGAAGGCGAGGGCGACCCCUUCUACGAGGUGCUGGGCCUGGUCACCCUGGAGGACGUCAUCGAGGAGAUCGUCAGGGCGGAGAUCCUAGAUGAGUCUGAAGACUACCCAGACACAAAGGUGAGGAAGAAGACCGUCGCCCUGGGCGCCCCUCUCAAGAGAAAGGAGGAAUUCUCCUUAUUCAAGGUGUCUGAUGAUGAAUAUAAAGUAAAACUCUCGCCUCAGCUGCUCCUGGCCACCCAGCGCUUCCUUUCCCGAGAGGUGGAUGUGUUCAGCCCAGUGCGAGUCUCUGAGAAAGUCUUGCUGCACCUGCUGAAGCAUCCCAGUGUCAACCAGGAGGUGACCUUUGACGAGAGCAACCGCUUGGCCGCACACCAUUAUCUGUACCAGCGCAGCCGGCCGGUGGACUACUUCAUUCUCAUUCUGCAGGGCAAGGUCGAGGUGGAAAUUGGGAAAGAGGGCCUGAAGUUUGAGAAUGGGGCCUUCACGUACUAUGGAGUGUCCGCACUGACAGCUCCAUCUUCAGCUCACCAGUCCCCAGUGUCUUCACGCCAGCUCAUCCGCCAUGACCUGCAGCCUGAACCAGCCGACAGUACCCGCUCCUGCACGUACUGUCCUGACUACACUGUGAGGGCCCUUUCUGACCUGCAGCUCAUUAAGGUCACACGGCUGCAGUACCUUAAUGCACUCCUGGCUACCCGAGCCCAAAGCUUGCCUCCAUCCCCAGAGAAUGCUGAGCUGCAGGCCAUCCCGGGCAGCCAGACCAGGCUCCUUGGUGACAGGCCUAGAGAGACAGCAGGGUCCACCAACAGCAACAGACCCAGCAGCAUCCCAGUGGAGGAGAGCCCUGGGCGGAACCCAGGCGUGUAACUGCUUGCCAGACAGCCCUGAGCUAGAAAUGGACAAGCGUUUGGGGAGCAGGAGAGCCAAGCAGGAGCUUUAUGCCAGCCUGUCCCCACCUAUCCUGGCCACGUUUUAGAUGGCCUAAUAAGCUGUGGGUCCUGGGCCUCCUCAGUGCCAGAGCCUGCAGCCCUUCCUGCUGUCCUUGAGGAGAUGGGAUUGACAGAGCAGCCCUCCAGAAGCCUGUUUCCUAGGGGACAAAAGAAACAGCAUCAUCUCUAGUUCCCAGGUCCUAGCUCCACCCCACCCCCCAUGCUGUCACAGCACAGUGUGUUUAUAUGUCUCCCUGAGCCCAGGGCCAUGUGGAUACGGCCACUGCCUUGGCCUUGGCCUUGGCCUGUGCUCAUUCUGCUUUUGAUUGGCCAACCCUCUGUUGCUGGCGCCACUUUCUGAGCAAACCAAGAGUUAAGGGUUUUGGUGGAAGUUUAAAUCUGGGGCCUGGUCGUGUACUUUUUGGCUUCCCUUACAAUGCCAUAUUUUGAUUCAUGUACCCCAGUUUUUCAUGUGCCAAAUCUAAGCACAGCUCCCGGGCAGGUCCGUGCCCUGGUUCUGCUCCCUCCUGUGGAGGAAGCUCCUCUGACUCCUCAAGUUAUGAGCCAGGGUCAGUCUGCAUUGCUUCCCACUCGGGCACAGCCACCACGGUGUUGUCGGUUUCUGUUUGAGGCCAUUUGUGGAAGGCCAAAGUUGGAUGUUGACGACCCAGGACCGCCUGUUGGACAACGUCCAGGAAGGUGUGCCCUGUAACGUAAAUGGAAGCAGUCAGUGAAGAUCGGUUGUGAGCCUGCUACGUCCUUGUCACUUGCUAAGAAGUCAAGGUUUUCUCAUAUCUCUGAAAUAUUCAAAUUCUGUGGGCUUUUCUGCUUCCAGUGAUGUUUUAGAAACACGGGGAUGGGAAGACACUGUCUUCUCUUCUAGUUUACCUAUGCUUUCUUUACACAGUUUCAAUUCUGGGACCAUACGUUGGGGUAGGAAGGGAGGAUUUCUGGAACCUUCCUUAAAAGAAUGUGGGCCCUUGGGAGACCAAGAGAAGAGUGGUACGCUUGCUGAGAAAAAUACUCAAAUGGAAUAUGCUCUGAGAACAAACCCAGGUUGGAAACAAAGGCUUUAAAUUACCUCUCUCCAAAAGAGAAUUCUAAAUUUUGGCUGACCCUCAGAAUCAAGUUAGAACCUUGGAUACCCGUGCUCACCUUGACCCCCAGGCCUGUGAUCUUGAAGUAGUUUUAACUUCCUCCUAGACUACUCCCUGUGCCCUUUACCAGCUUCUCCUAAUGUUAAUAUGUUAAAUAGCCUUGUUACAUUUAUCAAAACUGAAAUGUUAACAUUGGAGUACUCUUAACUGAGGCCUUGGUUUAGAGUUCACUUUCUCUUUAGUUUCCGGUAUUGGGGUAUUGGAGUCCAGGGUAGGAUGCCAGGAUGCGCUUAAAGCCAUUGCUUCUUUUGACCUAACUUUGUUCUCUACGGUAACUGCAGAUGCAUAGGAAGUGCAAAGACGCAGAGCCCGCACGUCCUUUAUCUGGCUUUCUUCAGUGCCCCCCGUCUCACAAACUAGAGUGUGCAGGGCCCUGGGGCUCUGCAUCCCGGCCACCUCUGCAGACCUGAGUCACUGCCAGGGUCCCCCCAGACCGUCCCUCAGAGCCACCUGCUCCAGCCCUAAGGCCUGGGACCAUUAGACUGUUGCUCAGCUCUGUCACUGUCAUGUCAACAAUGUCGUUUAAGGGUAUGUGCCAUGCACGGCCUUUGGGAUGGACUUCAUUCUGCGGAGUGCUCUGGAGACUGUUCCAGGUCACUGUGUCAGUUCCUCCUCCUUGCCAAAUGGUGUCCUGUGGUAUAUUCAUUGUCCUGUCGGGACAUCUGGGUUGUUUCCAGUUUUUGGCCUUUUCCAAAUAAAGCUGCUAUGAACAUCGACAUACA